GUUAUAUACAUUACGCUUGGCCGCGUAUUGGACAGCCUGAGAGCCGACGGCCAGCAGAGAACAACGUCGCAUAGCUUCCAACCGUUGACAAAUGCCUCGACAGAAGAUGCCAUGGUUACCCACUCCAAGCACCUGCUUAUUUGCAAAUAUGACACCAGUAUAAAAUCAUUAGGCUAUGCUUUCCAGGUUGUGCGCCAUCGCAAGCGAAGGGAGCAACAGUUAGGUACCUAAUGGUCCUGCUUCGGAUAUGCCUAUUUGCGGCCCUUGGUGGCUUCUUAUUCGGGUAUGACCUGGGCCUCAUCGGCGGCGCCUUGCUGCAGAUCCAGUCGUACUUCCGGCUGCACGGCUCCCUCACCCUGGAGCUGAUCGUGGGGGCUGCCAAGCUGGGUGCGGUGGGCGGUACGGCACUGGGUGGGGCGGCCAUGUCGGUGUACGGCAGGCGGGCGGCGCUGGGGCUGAACAGCCUGGCGUUCUGCGUGGGGCCACUGGUGAUGGCGGCGGCGUGGGCGCCGUGGCUGCUGGUGUUGGGUCGCUUCCUGACGGGGUUGGGUAUCGGCAUGAGCGCCACCGUGUCGCCCGCGUACAUCGCGGAGCUGGCACCCGCAGCGGGCAGGGGCGCGCUGGUGCAGCUGUACGAGGUGAUGCUGUGUGUGGGCAUGCUGGCCGCCCCCGCGGUGGACUGGGCGCUCAGCGGCAGCGGCCGGCAGGACAUGUGGAGACUGAUGGUGGGUAUUCCGGCGUUGCCAGGGUUAGCGCUUGCCGCGGCGCCGCUGCUGAUGCCGGAGUCGCCGAGAUGGCUGGUGGUGCAGAACCGACUGGAUGAGGCGCUGCAUGUGUUGGCAGCAACUAUGCGGCGGAGUAAGGGCAACGGUCGUGGAGGGCUUGCGUUUUGGAGCAGCGGCUACGAGCGUGUGGCGGAUACGGUAAGGUUCACUAUAAGACCCACGUCAUUUAGGCUAUGAUGCAAGAUUGGUUGGAGGGUUAACCCAGAAGAAUUUUAUUCGUGUGGCAAGGCAUUGAAAACAUAAAGCGAUUAUAAUGGGUUGCUUCAUGUUUGCCAGCCCAUCCAGCCCAGCCCGAUUAGUCAAGCCAAAACGACUGGAGGGUUGGAGCUUAGGUUACCUUCGUGUUAUACCGUGAUUCCAGGGGGCAUAUCCUACUGAAAGGUUCCUUUGCAUAUUUACAUCCAGUCCGUCGGCCCCCUGUCCUUACUCUAGUCAACCGCUAGCUCCGGAUCCGAAACCUUGCUUGCGAAACCUUGCUUGCAACGAAGUCUUUAUUGUGCAACUUUCAAUGCCGAAGAGACUGUGAUAACAGCAGUUGGCUUUAGGGUGCGCUGAACACAGAAAGGACCUUUGACUUUGCGUUUCGUUUCUGACGGAAGGCUCGUGAUAAGCAGCAGAAUGUCCCUCCUAGCCAGCCGUAAGCCUCUUGCUUGGUCGUCAGUUUCAGCUCACCGUGGCUUCUUACGAAUCGGCCAUCCUAGCCGCCUCUCCUGUGUCGUCGCCACGGCCGGCCGUCGUGUCGGCCAGGAAAACCGCAAAGCACAGAGCAAGGCCGAACCGCGAAAAUGCCCUUGUGGUUCUGGUGAACAGUAUCAAGAGUGCUGCGCUUCAAUCGUUUCUGGUGCUUGGGCGCGCACAGCUCCAGAGCUUGCCAGGGCGCGCUUCACAGCAAUGGUAUCUGGCAAGGUGCAAAUGCUGGCUGAUACAACACAUCCAGAAGCGCUUGAAGCAAUUGGCACCAAGCAGUCCCUGUUAAAGAAGAUGGACCAGCACAUGCGCAAGCGCGGCGUGGGCGAGCUGCUGCCGUCCCUCGUCGACUGCGUUCAUGGCCAGCAUCCGGACGACCCGAACAAUUGGAUUGUCGUAAUGGCCAUUUCGCUGGGCGAACCGGGCAUGGAGGAUGUGUACGUUCUCUACGAGCUUUACCGGAAGGACAACGGCCGAUGGUGGUACAUGAAUUCACCCAGGGAAAUUCCAAUCCUCGAGCAGUUUGCGGAGUUCUUGGAGCGCUACCAUGAUGUCGGGCAAGGCGAGAUGGGGCCAGUGGAAGGGCUUUACGACUACAGUUUCCUCCCAAGUCAGCCGCGCAACCUUACCUCCGAGGCCGCGAGACUCCGCACACCAUGGCUGGUGGAUGAAUGGCCAGCGGAUCAGCAGCAACGAGGCUGGGUUUACCUCGACACAGCGAAAGACCCGGAAACCGGGCGCACGGCUGCACAAGAGGCUGCUGAAUUUCACAAAAGCCUGAGCGAGUCGCUGCUAACCUCCGAGUUUGAUUACGAAACCUACUACUUCCGCUUUGGUCGCUUCCUUUGAGUGACCCGCCCGGCGAGGCGACGUAUUUCGCGCGGGGUUGCUUUGGCUGGUGGGGGUGGGUGUACUGGCCA